AUGAAGCUGGGGAAUGACAUGCGCGUGGGGCUGGCGAAGGUGCGUUCCCAGUGUGAGAUGCAUGGCGAAAUGGACGGGUUGCGGGCUAGGUUCGUGGUGGGCAGCUGGAGGGAGGAGGAGAUGAUUCAGGAUAUGCUCGUAUCGCAGGGGGAGAUGGGCAAGGGUGAGACUAUGUACACCGAGGAUGUUGUGGUGGCCCUGGCCGCUGCUGCGGCCGAGAAGGUUCAGAAGGAAGCCGACAGGCAGCUCGAGCGGAAGCUUCAAGCAGUGGCGAAAACGAAAAGAGAUACCAUGACCGCAGAGUUUUUGAGAAAAGCCAAGCCGGGAUUAUGA